AUGGAGGCGACUAAUACAUUCCCCUUCGCCAUCGAGGAUAUUCAAGAACCUAAUAAAAUAUAUGACAAGAAACUGGUUCAUGUGGGGCCGAAACGGUAUUUAUUUCCAAGCGGAUAUAGGGAAUUGGGACCGCAGUAUUACAACUUCAAGCUUCGGUCUGAUGAUAUCUUCAUCGUGGGAUUGCCUCGAUCUGGUACAACUUGGUCGCAGGAGAUGAUCUGGCUCUUGAAUAACAACUUAGACUAUGAUAGAGCCAAAGCGACAGUCCUCUCUGAAAGAAUUCCAACUAUAGAUUUACAGUUAUACAGUAACAUUAUCUCGUUGGGGGAAAAUACGUCAUUACCACAAGAGGUCUUAAAAAGGUUUGAGUCCCCACUCGAUUGGUUACCAAAUGCUCCUUCGCCGAGGUUCAUAAAAAGCCAUUUACCACUUUCUCUGAUGCCCCCAGGUCUUCUUGAUACAACAAAGGUUGUAUAUGUUGCGAGAGAUCCGAGAGAUGUGGCUGUGUCAUUAUAUAAUAUAUUGAAAAUUUGCCUACCUAAAGAUAUACCAUUUGAAGAGUACUGGGAUGCAUUCUGCGAAGGAAAUAUUAUCCGUGCACCAUUAUUUGAACACAUCAAGGAAGGUUGGGCUCUAAGAGAUCAUCCUAAUUUAUUUUUCAUGACUUAUGAAGAAAUGUCAAAGGACCUGCCUUCAAUCGUUCGACGGUUGUCUAUGUUCUUUGGAAAGAAGUAUACCGAAGAACAGAUACGACGCCUAUGCGAGCAUCUUAGUUUUGAAAAGUUCAAGACAAAUACAGCUGUCAAUCGGGAUACCACGUUUAGUGCUGCUGGAAUUACUAGAGAAAAAUUUUCGUUCGUGAGAAAAGGUAAAGUCCGAGGUUGGGAAGAAUGUUUCAGCGAGGAAUUGAAAGGAAAAGCCAAUCGAUGGAUGACCGAUAACCUAGCUGGCACUGACUUACCCUUCUCGGUUUAA